AGAGAGAGAGAGAGAGAAUCAAGAAUCAAGAUGAUGAGAUUCAGUAACAGCUUGGUCGGAGUAGUAAAUUUCUUGACGUUCUUGCUAUCUGUUCCGAUUUUGGGGGGAGGGAUAUGGCUGAGCAGCAAAGCCAACACCACCGACUGUUUAAGGUUCUUGCAGUGGCCUCUCAUCAUCAUCGGUGUUUCAAUCAUGGUUGUUUCACUCGCUGGUUUCGUCGGAGCUUGCUACCGCAACACCUUUCUUCUUUGGUUUUACCUUUUCACCAUGUUCUUCAUCAUCGCCGCCCUCAUCGGUUUCAUCAUCUUUGCCUACGGAGUCACCGAUAAAGGCUCCGGCAGAUCUGUUUCGCAACGCGCCUACCUCGACUACUACCUCUCCGACUACUCCGGUUGGCUCAAAGACAGGGUUGAGCAGAAUAGCUACUGGUCCAAGAUCAGCUCUUGUGUUAGAGACUCCCAUGUCUGCUCCAAGAUGGGCUUGCAUAUUAAUGGGGUGUCUGAGACUGCUGACAUGUUCUACCUCCGAAAACUCAACCCUAUCCAAUCAGGGUGUUGUAAGCCACCAUCGGAGUGUGGAUAUGUGUACGAGAACGAGACGAUGUGGAACAAUGGAGGAGGAACAGUGAGCAACGAUCUGGACUGCACCAAGUGGAGCAACGACCAAACCCAACUCUGCUACGCCUGUGAUUCCUGCAAGGCGGGGGUAUUAGCCAGUAUCAAGAAGAGCUGGAGGAAAGUCUCUGUUAUCAACAUUGUGGUUCUAAUCCUCCUUGUCAUUUUCUAUAUCAUUGGCUUUGCUGCCUUCAGGAACAAUAAAAGGAUCGAUAACGAUGAGCCUUACGGAUCUACCCGAAUGACUAAAGCUCAACCAAGCAGGAUCCAGUUCUGAUGAAGAACAA